CUGGGGUGGUGGAAAGUGUCCUUGCCCACGGCAGGGGGUGGGACUGGGUGAGCUUUAAGGUCCCUUCUGGCCCAAACCAUUGUGGGAUUCUGCGAUCCACCCUCGCCCACGUGAUGCCAACACCGACCAGGGUUUGCUCAGAGCGGCAUCAGAGCUCGGCUCUGUCCUGGCAGCCCGGACCUUCCCACGACCCAGCUCCUAUUCCAAGGGCUUGUCCAUCUAUUUAAAGCACACGGAGAAGGGGAAAAAUGCACUGGAAGCGUCGCGCGUGCGCGGGGGGAGACGGCGCCAAAUAUUCCGUCUGCUUUGGAGGCCGAUGGCCAGGGAUCCCACGGCUCCUCAGUUCGGUUGUUUUCCUUCCCCGUUUUAGCAAGACGUGCCUGCAAACUCUCGGACCCUAUUAGGGGUUAGAAAACCGUCUGCUGGGUUGAGGGAGUAAAUCGAGCCCUUGAAAAACAGCAGCAAAAAAAAAAAAAAAAAAAAGGCAGGAGCGGGGCGAGUUUUUCCCGUAGAAAAGCGUCACCAGCCAGAGCAGCCGAAACUUUGGGAUGGGAGCUCGGAGCCGGCCGUGCCGGGGGGAAGGGGAAGACAGCGAGGGACCAACAAGCAACCGGGAGCCGAACCACGCUACAGGAAGCCGUGGCCUCCGGUGAUAAAUAGGAGACCCGGGAGCACAGGAUGCGCGUAGGGCGAGCUCGGCGGGACGAGGGGAUGUGAGCCGGCGUUGCCGAGUCCCUGUGUCCGUGUGUCCGUCCAUCCAGCCGGAGGGAUGGCUGUGGCCCGGCUGCUGCUGCUGCUGCUGCUGCUGGCGCUGGCGGUGCCGGGCUCUGGCGGGGAGGAGGCGGAGGUGGUGUGCGCCGACAGCGCCUGCUACACCCUGCACCGGGAUGAGCUGGACUGGAAGGGCGCCCAGGAGCGCUGCCGGCACAACGGCGGGAACCUGGCCAGCGUGGGCAGCCCCGGCGAGGCCGCGCGGCUGCGGGAGCUGCUGGAGGCGGCCGGGGGGCACGGCCCGGCCUGGAUCGGGCUGUGGCUGCAGCGGGGGCACUGCGUCCAGCCGCAGGAGCCGCUGCGGGGAUUCUCCUGGGUGGCCGGAGGGACGCCCGGCAACUUCUCGGCGUGGGCGUCGGAGCCGUCGAUGACCUGCACGAGCGCCCGCUGCGCCAGCCUGCGGCCCCACGGCCCCCACGGCCCCGCCGGCUGGGCCGACCGGCCCUGCCGCCUCCCGCUGCCCGCCUUCCUCUGCAAGUUCAGCUUCCAGGGAAUGUGCGGCCUCCUGCCGCUGGCCGGGCCCGGCCGGGUCACCUACGGCACCCCCUUCGGGGUGCGCAGCUCCCGGUUGGCGGCCGCGCCCUUCGGCACCUUGGCAGAGGUGGAUUGCGAGGGGGGCCAGAGACCGGCCUUCGCCCUCUGCAAGGGGACGCUGGACGGGGGGGGCUUCGCCUGGGACCCCCCCGGGCCCCUGUGCCCCGUGGCCUGCGCCCACCGCAACGGGGGCUGCCAGCACCGCUGCCUGGAGGUGCCGGGGGAGCCCCCGCGCUGCUCCUGCCACGCCGGCUACUCCCUGGCCGCCGACAUGGCCUCCUGCGUGCCCGAGGAUUCCUGCCAUCCCAACCCCUGCCAGGGCACCUGCCGGGCCCAUCCCGGUGGCUUCGAGUGCGGCUGUGAGGCUGGAUACACCCUGGCCCCCGACGGCCGGAGCUGCCUGGAUGUGGAUGAGUGUCUGUCCGGGCCGUGCCAGCACCAGUGCCACAACACUCCCGGGGGCUUCGCAUGCCUGUGCCCGCCCGGCUACCGCCCGGCGGGGCCGGGUGGCCGCCUCUGCCACGACCUGGACGAGUGUGCCCAGCCCGGCGUGUGCCCGCAGCUCUGCAUCAACGUCCCCGGCUCCUUCCGCUGCGCCUGCCGGCCCGGCUACCAGCGCCAGCCGGGCGGGGAUUCCUGCCUGGAUGUGGAUGAGUGCCUGCGGGAUCCCUGCCCCGGGCCCUGCCGCAACUUGCCCGGGGGCUACGAGUGCGUGUGCCCGCCCGGCUUCCUGCCGGAGGAGGAGGGACGCGGCUGCCGCGCCGCAGCCACCGCCGGAGAGGAGCCCGCGGAGGAGGUCCCCGACGGCCCGCCGGGCACCGCGAGCAUCCCAGCGAGCACGGGCGCCUCGUGGACCGCGAGAACCCCGCGGAGCACGGGCGCCCCGCGGACCACGAGCAUCCCGCGGACUCUGGGAGUGCCCGCCGGGGUGACGCCGGGGGCCCCCACGGCGGAGGGAGCGGCCCCCGGCCCCGACGAGCACAGCGCCGACGGCCCGCGGCUGCUCCUCUAUUACAUCCUGGGAAGCCUGGUGGCCAUCCUGCUCCUGCUGGCCUUCGCCCUGGCCCUCGUGGCUUGCAGGAGGAGGGCCGCCAAGAAGGAGAAGCGGCCGGCCAAGAGCGCGGCGGAUAAUUAUUGCUGGGUGCCCGAGCAGCCCGAGAGCCGCGGGCAGGGCGGGGAGCGCAGGUAG